AUGUCUGGGUGGGGAAUAUAUACGACAUCCAAUUUUCGCGAAGCUGUUAAAGUGGUGUCCGUCCCACUGGUAGCACCGGGCGAUGACCAGGUGCUCAUCAGGAAUAUCUACGCCGGUGUGAACGCCGCCGAUGUCGGCACGACUGCCGGCUUAUUCAACCCAAACGCUGAGUUGCCUUUCGAUGUGGGACUAGAAGCUCUUGGUGUUAUCGAGGCAGUUGGCAAGAAUGUGACCACACAUACAGUGGGACAGUAUGUCAUUGCAUUUGGUGCCAACCAUACCAAAGAAUUUGCUUACGCAGAGUAUUUGUAUGUCCAACCGGAGGAUGUGAUACCAGUCCCGAGUCUGAACCCAAAGUUUCUUGGAUUACUAGUGUCGGGCUUAACGGCAACCAUUGGAUUGGAUGAGUUGGGUCGCAUUCAAAAAGGGGAUAAAGUGUUGAUCACAGCCUCCGCGGGAGGAACGGGUCAUAUAGGCGUCCAAUGGGCUAAACGAAAGGGCGCUUAUGUUAUUGGGUUGACAUCAUCGCCAGAAAAGGCCAAACUCUUGACAGAGUUGGGAACCGAUCGAGUGAUCGAUUAUAAGACCGAGAACUUGGAUGAAGUGCUCACUAAAGAGUUUCCGCAUGGCGUGGACGUGAUUUGGGAGACAAUUGGUGGACAGGUAUACGAAACUCUGUUCAAUCAUUUGGCACCGAAGGGUAGACUAUUAAUUGUGGGCUCUAUUAGUGGACAUUUAACAUCACCUACCAUUGACAACCUUAACAUGAAAGUUGAUCACAAGGCUUUAUGUGGCAAAUAUGUGCGGCAAUUGAUUGGAGACGUUGUGAAUAACAAACUGCGAGUUGUGUUAGAUUUGGGACAAAACAGGAGUGAAGGGGAGUUCGUGGGCAUAGAGUCAGUGGUCAGAGGGGUUGAGAUACCAUAA